UUGUUUUCUCUGGGGCUGGAGGGAACGCAGAGCCCACUAAGUCACUUGGAGACAGCACGGAUCAGAUGCACGCCUGGCAGAGAACGAGCUGGAGUCUGUACUCUCUUCUCAGUUAAGAAUGGGUGGUUACCCUUAAGAAAAAAGGGAGUUCGAGUUCAUUUGCCAAACCUCAACAGUCUUCUAUACCAGUUGGCAAAAUAGACAAUAACUGGUCGUUGUCCAUGAGUUUUCGGAACAGGAGAUUCCCCUGCAGCCUUUCAACACCCAACAUCAACGAGACUUCCAGCAAGGUUGACAUUCCUGCCUGGCUGCACAGGGAUGGCCCACCAUGGAGUGUUUGGAAGGGACAAGAGGUUGGUAUGGAGGGGCGAACCGCAGUCCCGUGGGGGCAAAACCGCUCUGGUGACUCCCUGAGAUGGGCUCCCACCCUCCAGAGGGCAACCAGUGUCCCAGAUGUCCUGGGAGGUGAAACGAAGGCAGGCUUCUCCUCCAUCACCAUUACAUCUCGGAAAGUCUCCAACACCCACAUUUACCAGUCACAUGAGACCCUGCAUCCCCACGCUCAGCCCCAUCAAGUCAGUACAGCCCGGCUACUGACCAAAAGCCCUGCCUUAUCCUCAGAGAGUACUAAGAGCUCCAAAUCCGCUUUAGAAAUCCAGAGGGCCUCUAUAUUGAAGGUAACAGAAGACAGGCAGGGCUCUUCCAUAUUUGACAGGGUCCUGAUGCGAGGGGCAGGCAGGAAGAGAGCUGGGCUGCCUGAAUAUAGAUACAGCUACACAGAAGGGCACAAGAGCCAGGAUGCAGGACAGUCCUCCAGGUCUCUGCCUCCGCUGCACUCCUUUCGGUCCUGCCUCCACCUGGAGGUGCCUCCGGUGUCUUCCAGCUCUGUCUUGUUUCUGAACAAGUCACUCUCCAUCUCUCUGGGGCAGGCAGAGGACGGGAGUAGCAGGGUGCACAGGUCCACUCUGUCUCUGUCCGUGGGCAGGACGCCCCACCACAGGUCCCCUAAGACGAACCCCCAAACAGACUGCAGGAUAUCCAGAGUUAAACAGGAAUGCACAUGGAAAUUGGACAACCAGAGGGCUGACUCGGGUCACAGUGGAGGCCACGCAUUACAGCGGUGGGGGUGUGAGAUCCUGAGAGUGACCUGUUCUGAUGGAGCUAACAGGCAGAGCACAGAUUCAGACACGCAACGCUCCACUCCAAGACUAUUGUCAUUCAGGGAACCAGGCCUCUCAUACACAGGGGCCAGCUGGCAGAAUGGAAAUGCAGAUGAGAAGUGCUAUCCUCCCUUCAGCAAUUUCAGACACAAGCACCCUACUUGCAAUGUCAACCCAGGUGACUUCAGGACGAAGGGAAGACAGCCACUGAGUGAGGAGAGAGAAGAGAGGAAAGAGAGACUAGGUGGCUCCGGAAAGACUCCUCAUGUCAACAACCAUCCCAACGCACACACAAAGUCCGCCCGCUGCUCUUGCCCGAUGGCCGACAUUUCUGCUCUUGCAUCCAGGACCCUCAGCCUCAGAGAGGCUCUGGAGCAGUUCAGGCCAGACUUCAUCAGCCGCUCCCAGGGCAGGGUGAGGAGACUGGAGCAAAGAGCCAGGAGGAGGAGGGCCCUACAGGAUCCCAACCCAGACCUGGUGCAGGGGCUCUGGGGUGACAGGGCCAGACACAGGGGGGACAAUUACACCAAGCCCGAUCCACUCAGCGAUAACCUGUUUAGGCCGAGGGAAAGGUCCAUAUCAGACCAUGAGAUGCACCUAAGGUCCAGACGAAUUUACAACAAGCUCCCAGAGGUCACGAAGAAGAAGGAGGAGGAGAAGAGGAGGGUAGUAUCACAAACGAACAGAUUGCGUGCUGAGCUCUUUAAGAAGAGACUUCUGGACCAACUCCUGCAAAGGUGAAGUGAUUCAAGGAAUGAUGCAAUUUAAGUGUGUCAUUUUAGCAUUCUUCAGCGUAUAUUUACAUUUACAUGUAGUCAUUUAGCAGAUGCUCUUAUCCAGAGCGA